AUGUCUUCCUCUUCUCUCUCUCCAACCUCCACCUCUCAAGCUGCCGCCUCCGCCUCCUCUGCUGUCUCCGGCACUCUCACCAUUCCCGGCAACCUGAAGGCUCGUUGCUCUCCCUUCGCUCAUAACCAUUGGGGUCUCAUCCUGAUGGUUCUGUGCUUCCAGAUUGUUGGCAUCCUUCUUGCGAUAUCCAGCGGCGUCCUCAUUGGUACUAGCUUUGUCUUCAAGAAGAGAGGACUUCUCAGGUCGCAGAAAGGACUUGUUGCGGGAGAGGGUGUGGCAUAUUUGAAAUCGCCGCUAUGGUGGACAGGAAUGAUCAUGAUGAUCCUCGGCGAGAUUUGCAACUUCGUUGCAUACGCAUUCGUGGAGGCCAUAGUCGUCACUCCCAUGGGCGCACUCUCCGUCGUUAUCUGUGCCAUACUGUCCCAUUUCUUCUUGCAGGAAAAGCUGAGCUUUUUCGGAUGGUUGGGAUGUGGAUUAUGCAUCAUUGGCUCAGUUAUCAUUGGGCUUAACGGACCCCAGGAGGCUUCCGUCGGCCAGAUCACUCAAUUUCAAUCAAUGUUCCUCGCACCGGGGUUCCUUGUAUACGGCUCCAUACUGAUUGCUGCCUCACUCUCCAUAAUAUUCAUUUUUGCUCCUCGUUACGGUACCAAGAGCAUGCUGUGGUACAUCAUGGUUUGUAGUAUGAUUGGAGGCAUUAGUGUCAGUGUUACGACUGGGCUUGGGUCUGCAAUUGUGACGACUGCAAUGGGCGAUAAUCAGUUCAAGCACUGGUUUAUCUAUUUCCUGAUGGCUUUCAUUGCUGUAACAUUAAUCACGGAGGUGUAUUACUUGAAUAAGGCGCUGGCGCUCUUCAACACAGCGAUGGUGACUCCAACAUACUAUGUGAUAUUCACGUUCUUCUCUAUCCUCACCACCAUAGUGCUGUUCCAAGGUCUGAAAGCCAGCGCCACCCAAAUCAUCACACUUGUCAUGGGUUUCGUUGUCAUUUGCUUUGGCAUCACUAUCCUCCAGCUUUCCAAGGUUGACCCUACGCAGAUCAAGUUAUUGGAUCGCCGAUCUACUAUCUUGCUGCAAGCAGCGAGGCGAGAUACUGAAGGGAUAGACGAGAAGAGCCUGGCUGCCGUCGAGGAUCCCGGAAUCGAUGCACUUCGCGGAGGGUUCGGUAUGGUUGGAAGCGUUAUACGUGCUAGGAGUGCACAUCGGAUGAGUAUGUCGAGUCGAGCUACCGCUUCAGCGCGCUCUCGAUAUAGCAACGCUCCUUCGGCGUACCCUGGGGCCGAUCCACUCGCAGGUUUGAAGCGCCAUCAAUUGUGGGACGCUCCUGUGCCAUCUGUGUCAGAGCUGAGUGUCCCAGACGCGGACGCCGAUCGUUACUCUAUGGCUAGUCAGCCGACCAUGCUGGGUUCACCGCAACCUAGCGCACGGAAGCAGACCAUCAAAUUCGACAGUCAAGAUGUCGUACAUUCUUAUUCUGUCCCUGGAUUUGGCGACAACACAUCCAAACAUGAGCAUAGGAAUGCAUCUCAUAAUUCGAUGAGCCCUCCCGAACAGCCCGCUGACGUGAAGUCCGACUUUGAUGCGCAAGUCGUCGCUUUCCCUACAGAUCCCUCGCUUGAGGAAGCUCGGGGCGAAACCGGCAUGUGGACUGCACCUCCUAUGCUUGGUGGAAACGACGGCAAUGAUCCUUACCGCCACGCCCAAGCAUAUGAUAUUUUUGAUCACCCCCCUUCUGCCAAAGUCGGUGGAACCUUUACACCCGACGAAAUGUCACCGAUCGACAGACGCAGCACCAAGUCACCGCCGCAUCACCACCAUCACCCAUUCUGGCGUUCGCCAGGCGGCAGACGAUACCCGUCCGGCUCGCCUGACGAUGACCGCGAGCAGAGUGAGCAUCUCUGGCAACGAGAAUCAGACGAUGAAGAGAGCAGAGGGCGAUCCGACGGCGGUAUCCGACUGGUUUCGAGUACCAGCAGACAUUAA